CGUCCUGGGGAUUGUACUCGGAGACUGGAACGGAGCAUUUUCACCGUCUCGUCCUGCACAGUUGAGAGAAAACUCUCAUCAGCUGACUGGGUUUUUGUGCCAUUUUUAAAGUGCGGAUCCAUUUGCACCGACGCACUCGACCAGGGAACCGGUGCGAAGGUCCGUGCGUAAAGACACUCGUUCUCCAAAUCGCUUUUACGCACCGGAGCCGAGAGAGAGACUGAGUAUCAGCUGUUUUCUGUGCACUUCUCUCAGACUCAUCCUGGAAAGAUAAAGUGACUUUCAGAGGCUGUCUUCCUCUCGUGAGAGCCCUCAGAACUCACCCGUUUCACGCGUAAUUUUGGCAACGAACAGUUUUGCGUAUGAAUCUCCUCGACCCUUACCUGAAGAUGACGGAGGAACAAGACAAGUGUAUCUCUGAUGCCCCGAGCCCGAGCAUGUCCGAGGACUCCGCGGGCUCCCCGUGCCCGUCCGGCUCGGGCUCCGACACCGAGAACACCCGGCCGUCGGAGAACGGGCUGCUCCGGGCGGACGGGACCCUGCUCGAGUUCAAGAAGGACGAGGAAGAUAAGUUCCCCGCAUGCAUCCGCGAAGCCGUGUCCCAGGUGCUCAAGGGCUACGACUGGACUCUGGUGCCCAUGCCGGUGCGCGUUAACGGAUCUAAUAAGAACAAGCCUCACGUUAAGAGACCGAUGAAUGCCUUCAUGGUUUGGGCUCAGGCUGCGCGCAGGAAGCUGGCGGAUCAGUACCCACACCUGCAUAACGCGGAGCUCAGCAAAACUCUCGGGAAACUGUGGAGACUUCUCAACGAAGGCGAGAAGCGGCCGUUUGUGGAGGAAGCUGAGCGGCUCCGGGUGCAGCACAAGAAGGAUCACCCGGACUACAAGUACCAGCCCCGGCGGAGGAAGUCGGUCAAGAACGGACAGAGCGAGCCGGAGGACGGCAGCGAGCAGACGCACAUUUCUCCUACUGCCAUCUUCAAAGCUCUGCAGCAGGCGGACUCCCCGGCCUCCAGCAUGGGAGAGGUGCACUCUCCGGGUGAACACUCAGGCUCCCAGGGGCCCCCUACCCCUCCAACCACCCCAAAGACAGAUGUCAGCUCGGUCAAGAUGGACCUAAAGCGUGAAGGGGGCAUCCGCUCUCUGUCCGAAGGCCCCGGCGGGCGCCAGCUCAACAUCGACUUCCGCGACGUGGACAUCGGUGAGCUCAGCAGCGAUGUCAUCUCCCACAUCGAGACCUUUGACGUCAACGAGUUUGACCAGUACCUCCCGCCUAAUGGCCACCCGGGCCUCCCUGGCAACGCCACGCCGGUCAGCUACACCGGCAGCUACAGCAUCAGCAGUGGCGCCCCUGUCAGCCCGCAGGCGGGAGGUGCCGCAGCCUGGCUGGUCAAAAGCCAGAACCAGCAGGGACAGCAGCACACCCUGACCAGCGGCGGCUCAGAGGCAGCUCAGGCCCAGCAAAGGACCCAGAUCAAGACGGAGCAGCUGAGUCCGAGCCACUACAGCGAGCAGCAGGGCUCCCCGCAGCACAUCACCUACAGCCCCUUCAACCUGCAGCACUACAGCCCCCCCUCCUCCUCCUACCCGGCCAUCUCCCGGGCGCAGCAGUACGACUACGCCGACCACCAGGGGGGCGGCACCGCGGCCUCCUACUACAGCCACGCGGGGGCUGGGCAGGGCUCGGGGCUGUACUCGACUUUCAGCUACAUGGGCAGCCCCAGCCAGAGGCCCAUGUACACGCCCAUCGCCGACAACACAGGAGUGCCCUCCAUCCCGCAGAGCAGCCCGCAGCACUGGGAGCAGGCUCCGGUUUACACCCAGCUCACCAGACCAUGAGCCGCCCGGCAGACUGAGAGACAACACACAGACACAGACACACACACAAACACACAAACACACCCAAUGAGAUGUACAGCCACACACAUCCGAUCAAAACACACAAACUCACAUUCCAAAAACACUUUACUCCAGGGAGAGUUCUUCCCUUGAAUCAGACACUUGAAUUCAACGCAGAGGAGAGCUGGACUUGUGAUUGGCUCACAUCGUGCCUUGCUAUUGUACCAUGAUAGAAACUAUAAAUAUAUAUAUUUUUAGAGAGAUGGAGAGACUUAAGAAAAUCCUCUGUGAGGACUUAUUGAUUGUCGAUAUUUCCGUAGGUACUGUUUAUGUUUCUUUUCUCUUUUUUUUUCUUUUCUUCAUACGCUGGCAGUUUGUAACCCAUGGGGGUGGAGGGAGGGGAGGGGGUUGGGUAAUUAUUUGUACCUGUAGAUAGAAAAACCAAAAAGCUUUAUAUUUUUCAAACCAGGUCAGUGGCGACACUCCUACACGCAGGUGGUGAGGCGUCUGGUUUUUCCGUUUGAUCUCAUACGACGGCUUCUGUACGUUCUGUUGUCGUUUUUUCUUUUUUUCCCGGUGCCGUUCAGCAAGUAUGGUUUGCAUUUAAGCUGUUAAUGCUGUCAAAUUAAUUUUUUUCUUCCUUCUCAAGUAAUGUGUCAUGAUCAUUGAAAAAAGCUGUUGGCAAUGCAGAGAAAGAGAGACGGACUCUGUUUCACAACGCUGUGUUGUCCUGUCAGGGGGAGACUGCGGCCCCCCCCCUUCCAACCCUCCGUGCCUUGGAUUUUACAUUUUCUCAAACUUUUUAUAAAUGUGCGAGUGUUUGCGUGUGUGUGUGUGUGUGUGUGCCACAGCUGAGAUUACACUUACCGUCUAACGGCGUGUGUUUGACAGCUACAGGAAGUCACCUUUGACCCCUCGGGUCUCCCCCCCCCCCUGCAGUCUCCCACCACGCUGGUGUCCUCAACCUCCUCCUCCCCCCGCCCAGGUCAAAGUCUCGUUUUUCAAACUUUAUUUAUUUAUUAGCUUUAAUUUUAUUUCAAAGUAAUUAUUUUGCAUACUAUUCUUAUAACUAAUGAAUUGUUCUCUUUGCGGUGUAGACGGCAUAUAAUUUCCCCUUAUUUUUAAAUUUAGAUUUUCAACCCAGGGGGUACUUAGAGAGAAGAAAAAAGGUACACGCUGUAAUCGUCUUUUAUUUUUGGUUUAUUUAUCUUAUCUAAAUGUCUAUUUUAAGUAUGUAUUUGUGUUUUUCUGAGGGUCCGGGGUGGGCUAUCUUACGAAAACGUGUACGAUUUAUUUGUUAUUUGUGAAUUUCUUUGAGUUUGACUUUAAACUAUGGCUGAAAGAACUGGAAAACGCUCCGUUUUUUUUCCUCCUGUCAGGCCUUUUUUGUUUGUGCGAUCACCAGAGGGACCAUCCCUUUUCUUUCUGCUCUGCAAGCUCCAUUUCCUUUUCUCUCAAUAUCAAAGAACCCGAGGAUCCCAAUACGCCUCCUCCCCCAUCCCGCCAUGUAUUUGUACUGUCUUCAAAGAAUCUUUUGUAUAUGUAUUUGCAAUAAAAAAGGAAAAUGCUAUUAAAAACAAAAACAAGA